AUGAUUGUACGGAUACUACCACACAUAGACGGCUUCAACCACGUGGCAAAGAUCGCGUCGUUAACAGACGUAGAAAUAAGCUUGGUACGUGCCUGUGUCCAGAAUCUAGUGUACUAUGGCGUAGUAACACUGGUGCCCAUCUUUCAAUACUGUGCUGUUUACAGCGCAACUCCAAAAUUAAGACAGUUGACGCGAUGUCCGGGUCUACAGAGGCAGUGUGUUGAAUUCUGCGCAAGAUCACCUCGACAUUUACCAAAAGUCAGCGAUUUAUUUCGUAUGUACGCUGGUAUGACAUACGGAAGUACGAUACGCGAUCUUUGUAGGCGAAUGAAACCACAAGAUCUAGCUAUUAAUGAGAGGAAGUUGGUGCUUUUUGGAGUACUGGAAGGGCUGAUUAGAAGGGUAUACAAGUUCCCAGUGACAGUUCACAAUGAAACGUCAUCCGUACGAAGUUGUCAUAGCGCGUGCAUUCGGACGUACAACGGCCUCAUAUGUAUGGACGAGCUGUGCUGUCAGACAGGUAUGUCUGUCUCGCUCUUAGAGGAGCAGAUGGAGAAGGACAGCGAUGUUGUGUUUAUCGUCAAGUAA